AUGGCAAGUGGGUGGAUGAAGUCAUUGCAAUGCAAAUCAAGAACAUUUGAAGAUGUUUACCAUCCAUACCCGAAGAUUCUCUUACCCAGUGCUAGUUGUAGAAAAAGCCUUCAAAUUAUCAAAGAUAUCGUUGAUAUUCCAAAGCCCAAGCCCAAAAAACCCAAGCCCGUAACCACCGUCAAACCAGAAGUCCCCACCAUGAACCGUUCCCGAAGCACCGUUACAAGUAGUUCAUGUUCAUCUUCCCGUGCAAUCACUGAACUUUCGGAGGGACAUCCUUCACGUAACGUGGUGGAAAUCAUAUUUCAUACUAGUUGGGGUGAGAAGGAUUUUCCGGGUCGGGUUGAAAUGAUAUUCAAGGUGGAGAAUGUAGGACUGACAAUGUCGCGGUUUGAAGAGUUUCGUGAGGCGGUGAAAGCACGUGGUGGUUCUUUAUCUGAGGGUAAGAAUUGGGAGGAAAAUGCGAGGUGUGUUGCGGAUGGAAAUGAGGUGAUGCAGUUUUAUUGUUUGGGUCCUGCUGAAGACGGUGGGUCUCACGGUGGUUGGUCUUUUCCGGAGAGGAAGGGGACGGCGAUACGGACGUUUUCCGGGAGUGGUUGUGCGCACGAGAAUGGCGGUGGAGGGGAGGGUAGAUGGGCGAUGCUGGUGUGUCGGGUUGUAGCGGGUCGGGUUUUGAAGCAACUCGGGUAUUUGAACUCGUUAUUGGAUAAGCGAGUGGGGUUUGACUCAGUGAGUGGGGAUAAUGGCGAGUUGUUGGUGUUUGAUACGCGUGCGGUAUUACCGUGUUUUCUUAUUAUUUACAGGUUGUAA